AUGAGUAAAAAUGUUCCUUUUCAUACAGAGAAAACAACUGAUUUUAAUUUGAGUGUAAUUAAUGUCAAACCACUCAAUUUAAGUGUUGAAGAGAAAGGCAUCUUGGAAGACUUUUCAAACAAAAAGAUAUCAUAUGUUGUGUUUGACAGUGAUGUAGAUGAUUGGAGUGUUGGUUCGAGAAAUUUCUUUGAUAAAGUUCAUCUCAACUCAAAUCUUUGUUUUGUAAUUGAAGACGAGACUAACUGCAAAUUUGGAGGUGUCAUGUUUGAUAAAAUUACUGUAGAUAAUUCAUGGACUUCAAGCCAAUCUGCUUUUAUCUUUUCCCUCUUAAGAAAUGGAAAACUGAAUCCCAAGAAAUUCAGAAUAAGAGAUAGCAAAGGAUUUUGUUAUGAUGAGUGGGACAGACCUGAAGAAGGUGCGUUUGUCUUGUAUUCGGAUAAAGGUGAUAUGUUAUUUGGAUUUGGUGGUGGAUAUGAUAUUGGAGUAGCCAAAAAGGGAGUGGACAAGAGCAAAUGUAAGUCAUGCACUUUUGUUGCUGGAGAGAAGGAUUUGACAAAUAGACCAGAAUUUAGAGUCAAAAGAAUCAUGGUUUAUAAACUUGAGUAA